UAAAUGUUACAAGGCCCAAGAAAAGGGCCCUAAGUUUCAGUUAACGGGCUCAUUUCUCUUCUUCCCUUUUUGAUAUUGGGCUUCGGUCUUCAUCACUGGUUGUCAAGUUCGCGCCAGAGUCGGGCCAAGCCAUAAAGUUCACGUUGAUCCAUCCAUCGCAUUAGCAUCACAAUACGACGUCGCUUUCAGCUGCUUUGUAUUUCGCAGUUAGUUAGCAGCAUACUGCGAGCUGGAUAAUUCGCAAAGGACAAUACAUCACCAGGUAAGGAGGGAAGUAUUGGGAAAUGAAUGACUAUACAGUUCCUUCCACUCCCAUCUGUUAACAGAAAUGAGUCCCAAACUCCAUAAUCCCUCUCCCCCUCUUCUAACUGAACCAAAUUUCAAUUAGAUUACCCACGCCAAAAGCCAAACCCAUCCUUCACAGAACCAAAUUAAUCUCCGUAACCAAACACCACCUCCUCCAUGCCGAUUGCCUCCAUUUCCAUCCUCCGCCACCGCACCAUCAUCCCCACCACCGCCGCCACAACUCUCCCAACCGUCGCCAAGCUCAUCCGCCAAAUCUCAACCCUCCGAUGCUUCUCCGUCGCCGCAGCCAAACAGCAGCACAACCCUAACGUCUCCAGGAAAUCCCAGCCCCCUAGCAAGAAGCUUCUCAGAGCCAAACAGACCGUCAAGGACUACUCAUCCCUCGCCCCGGUUCUCUCUCCUGAGGACAAGCCGCCUCUCUCCGAAUCCAAAAGCGUCGGCACCGUCGCCGCCGCCCAAGCCAACUUCAUGCGCGUCAUAGUGGAACCUCCUAGAAGCUUCGACGAGAGCAAAGUGGAGUUGCUGUGUGUUGUGAAGGCGGUGCUGAAGAAGAUCAAGAGGAGAGUGUUAGUUGGGGACAAGGUGCUGGUGGGGUCCAUUGAUUGGGUGGACCGCCGGGGCAUGAUCGAGAAUGUGUACCAGCGGUGCUCCGAGAUUCUUGACCCGCCCGUCGCCAAUGUGGACCAUCUUCUCGUGCUCUUCUCCAUGGACCAGCCCAAGCUCGAGCCGUUCGCGCUCACUAGGUUCUUGAUCGAGGCCGAGUCCACUGGAAUUCCGCUCACACUCGCUUUGAACAAGUGCGAGCUGGUUGACGAAGAGGCAAUGGUUGCAUGGAAGUCUAGGCUACACAAGUGGGGCUACAAGCCAAAUUUUUGCAGCGUUGAAUCUAAAUAUGGACUUGAUUCCCUUGCCUUUAUAUUGAGAGAUCAAACAAGUGUGAUUGUAGGUCCAAGUGGAGUUGGAAAGUCUAGUCUGAUUAAUGCUUUGAGGAACAACCACAAUGCUUCGGAUGCUGCAGAAGGGGAAAAUUUGUUUGAUCCAAUUUUAGGCAGCAAGUGGUUUGAGGAUCAGCUUGUUGGACAGGUUUCAACAAGAAGUGGCAGGGGGAAACAUACAACUCGGAAUGUCUCAUUGCUUCCACUGUCUGCAGGGGGUUAUCUUGCUGAUACUCCUGGGUUUAACCAGCCUAGUUUAAUGAAAGUAACAAAGCAAUCUCUGGCACAAGCAUUCCCAGAGAUCCGCCAGAUGCUCAGUGACAGUGAGCCUGCAAAAUGCUCGUUCAAUGAUUGCCUGCAUCUUGGUGAACCAGGGUGCAUCGUUAAAGCUGAUUGGGAAAGAUAUCCAUACUAUUUCCAACUUCUUGAUGAGAUCAGAAUCAGAGAGGAAUUUCAGUUGAGGACUUUUGGAACAAAAAAGGAGGGUGACGUAAGGUACAAGAUGGGAGAUAAGGGAGUUCAGCAAGCAGAACCACGGUUGGAGCUCAAGAAGCAUAGGAGAGUAUCUCGCAAGAGUAUGAACCAAUCACUACUCGAUGAAUUAGAUGAGCUGGAUGAUGACGACAACUUACUAGAUGAGGAAAACAAUCCCUUUUUAAAGGCAAUGAGGGAUGAAAACAAGUAGGAAGUUGCUUCAUAUACGUUGUAAAUAGUUAAGUUUGAACCUCGAUCUCAUUGCAGAAGGUAGACUGACCGACCUCGGCUGUACAGAUAACAGCGUGAAAGUAAUCGGAUGACUGGAGUCUAUUGUAGUGAAACAUGCAAGCAGAGUUUGCUAGUUUUAGCCAAUCCAAUGCCAGAGAUCUCCACACUUAAUAAUGCUUAAAUGUUUGAUUCAGUAAUUUCUUAAUUCUAGUUCCUUGGCUUUCAAGCUUUUUACUCUC